CAGUGCUCGUAUUUUUCAGACUGUAUGUUUUAAAAUGUUGUUUACUUUGCAAGGUUAACAGACAAGUAUAAUUUAUAAUUUGAAAUAUGUAUAGAUAGAUAAAACGAUCUUAUUUACUUUUACAUGAUGCCCAUGGUUUUAUUGAACACUUUGUAUAUUUAAGGAGCUAAACUGUUUUUAUUGGAUUUAUAAGAUUACAAAUCGGUGAAAUACGCUCGACCUUGAUUUGAACGUCAAACUGGUUUAUUGCAGAGAAAUCUGGGACAUCCUACACAUAUGGAGUGCCAUUAGAUCAUCGUAUAAAAUUUUUAUCUUCUUUAUUUGUUUCGAUUUAGAGACAGAGGACGUAAAAUUGAUGCCAGAAAUUAAUACAUAUACACAAAUUAUACAUAAAUAAAUCAAAUGCUCAAUGUAACAUCCAUAAUAAAUGUUGUGAAAUCUAUUAAAAUGUGGACAAUACAUCGGUCCUUCCGUAACUUGAACUUGAAGUUCUCUUGAGGUCUACGGACGGUAUUAGUGGCUUAAAUUUCAAUUCAUAAGCCCCGCAUAAUCGGAAUUGAAAACUAAUAAAUCCAGCUGACGCGACGUGUUUGUUGACAUUUGUCGUUUAUCGCUACCUACCAAUAGUAUUUUGCUAUGUUGUCGCACAUUGCAAAUGGGAAAUCAGUAACGGCAAACAAUUCUUACGGACAACAACUUUUCGGCACUACUGAAGAUAAUCUCGUCGCGCGCAACGGCUAUAGUUUUGCUUCGCUUGGUUGCUGUUGAAAUAUUGUUACCAUAUCUUCAAUAAUGUAUAAUUUUCAAGCUAUGUCUAAGUUGUGAUAAUUGAUUUUUCUACCAAUAAAUACGAUUUCGGCUCUAAGACUAUUUUUUAAAUUCAUGAUUUAAUCGCACCAUGUUUGUGGAAGGAAAUAAGCUCGUACCACCAGACGGAGGAUGGGGGUGGAUUGUCGUCAUCGGUGUUAGUGCCGUUAACCUAUGUACCAGAUCAAUAGAACAAUCCUUUGGCCUUUUGUUUGGGGACUUACUGCACGACUUGGGGGUCGAAACAACCGGUGCCGCGGUCAUCAUGAGUACCUUAGACGCCCUUAUUAAUUUUUCCGGAUUAUUUGUUGGACCUCUGAUUCGAACGUUCUCGUACAGGAAGGUUUCGAUAAUCGGAUCUAUACUGGUAGCGGCGGGUUUGACACUUACAAGCCCCGCGAACAGUAUGGCGCACAUUCUAGCAACCUACAGUAUUAUAAAUGGUCUGGGAGUUGGGCUGACCGCCUCGGCUACCUUCGUGGCGCUCAACAACUAUUUCGUGAAACGCAGAGGUCAAGCUAUAGGUCUGUCCUUAGCUGGUACUGCUUUCGGUAUGAUGUUAAUGCCGCAAGCCGUAAGACUUCUGCUGGACAGUUAUGGAUUCCGGGGUGCCAUCUUGAUAUUAGGGGGGGUCGCUCUGAACUCCUUGGUCGGUUCUACACUACUCCAACCGGCCGAAUGGCAUUUCGUGCCCGACACAAAAGACGAAGAGGAGGGCGGCUUUCAUCAGAGAAUUCAUUUCUUCUUUGCAUCCAAUGAGGAGAUGGAAACCAUUAAGGAAACUGAAGACGAAGAUACGGAACAGGAAGUAAAUAGUUUGAUCUCCAACAACAUCGCCGUCAAAACCUUCGAGGAACUCAAGGCUACAGCGUUGCCCAGGAAAUCCACGUUUCCUCGGAAUUUCUCCUCUUUGAGCUUUUUUGCGGCGCCCAAAAAGCGGCGUGUUUCCAAAGAAUCCAUUUUGUCCAGUUACUCCCAUUUGGAUUUCACAGGGUCGAGCAUUCACCUCCAUCUACAGAGUACCGACAGAGACCGAGAAGAAUAUUCGUCAGCUCGUCAGUUGCGACGCAACAUGAGCUAUCCUGGAGUUCAGUUCUCAACGCCACAUAAAAUCGUGAGAGAUGUCAAGAGAGGUCCCGCGCCUAUCAGAAAAGAACCAGAAAAAACCGCCUGGCAAAAAGUGGUCGAGUUCAUGGACUUUGAUCUGCUCAAGGAUCCGGUGUAUCUAAAUUUGGUAUUCGGACUGUCCAUUUUCUACGUGGCGGAGCAGAACUUCAAGAUGGUUACGCCGUUCUUCUUCAAGAGCGUCGGCUACGAACCCCACGACGUAGCCCUGUUCCUCUCGGUUCAAGCUUUCACCGACAUUCUAGCUAGAUUAAUACUGCCACCUAUCUGUGAUCGGUUAACUAUAUCAAAAAGGACGCUUUUCAUGUCCGGAAUUUUCGUUUUGGGUAUCUGCAGAUCCGUAUUGGCGCAACAAACUGAGUACACGAUGAUCAUGAUUUGGCUGGUUAUAGCGGGAUUCGCUAGAGGGGCCGCCCUGAUCAAUUUUGCUAUUACUAUAUCGGAGUAUUCGUCUCUGGAAAAACUACCCGCCGCAUUCGGGCUACACAAUGUAGGAAAAGGCCUGUUCGUUGUCACCUUGGGGCCGGUCUUAGGUAAGAUUAGAGACGCCACGCAAAGUUAUCCGAUCUGCCUGCAUUCCCAGACGUUUCUGAUAAUGUUGUGCUGUUUGGCGUGGUCCAUAGAAUUUUGCGUCAGACAUUUUAGGAAUCGCACCGCUCAGUCUGAGAAAUCGGAUACAGACACAACGGCGACGACAUGAUUAACGUGCUUUUGCGGUUCGCCAAUUAGUCGAAUUUACAAGUCAAAGUUUGAAUAUAUUAAGAGGAUUAGGUAUGUCACGAGGUUACAGUUGGGAACUUGCCGCUGCGUUUGAUUAAUAAAUGUAGAUUUUUCAUUUCUUUGAUGGUAAUAUUAAUUGACGGCUCUAGCUAACUAAUCGAUACAAUACAAUGUUGGCCAUGAGGUUGUGGUGGAAUUUGUUUCUAUUGUAUUGCCUCUGAUUAUUCCACUGACCUACUAAUAAUGAGGGUAAUUACUGAGUUGUGACGCAAAUGCUGGUUUUCAAAUAAUGAGACGUCAAAAUAACACCAAUAUAACUUUUAAUUAAUCUCUGAAAAAGCAAAGCAACAAACGUGCGGUAUAUAUCCAGAUAAGAUAUUGCCUAAUUUUUCAUUUGUCGGCAAAAUUCUUUUGUCUUAGAUCUUAGGGUGGAAAAGCAAUAACCACUAGGAUCCAACUGAUUAACUUUUAUUAUAUUUAUUCUUUGCUAUAUGGCAUUAAAAGUUUGAGCUUCAUGAAUAUAUCUGAUAAACAAAAUGCUGUCUUGGCAACGUUUUUUUAAGAUUUUUGGAUGGUUAGUCUAUAUAUAGUAUGGAGAUUCCAUUCGAACUUCUUAAAUUAAAAUUUCUUAGAUUGUCAAACCAGGCUUUUUAAAUUUGUUUAUCCAUUUCACUGUAACAAUAAAAGCAUGAAAAGAUUUUACUACAACUUCACAGCGUGGAGAACGAGAAACAAAUUUCAAAUUUUCCAUUCCACGGUACUGAAACAAAAUCAAUUUGAGUUCUAAAAUAAUAUAAACUCUUUGGACUAUUUCAUCAACUCUAUGUUUGUAAACAGUACUCACAUGACGUACUUUCAACAUGACUCGCUAGAGGCUUCAUAAAUCUCAAGGUCGAUGGCGCUCGAGUCAUAUAAAUUCAAAUAUUCGUUAAAUUUUAAAGAUGAAAGUUAUUGAAUCGGAAUUCAUUAACCUAAAGAGUGUCAAUUUUUUUUAGUUAUAUUGGUUUCCGCUAGCUUUCUCGUGGUUGUAUUUUAACUAGGUCUAGAAUUCUAACGCUCCAGGAACUCAUUUUAAAGUGCGUCACAAACCGUUGCCUCAAAUGGCGAAUUCGUAGAAAUCGGUCUUCAAGAUGUCCUGCAACCCUUCCACGACCUUGACUUUGCUACGUUGCCACCAGUUUGUCCAAACCUACUUAAGACUCUGGAGAUGGUUCGUUGAUUUUAAAUUGUUCUGCAAACUGAACUUGGUUAUACCCUCUCAUUUAGGGCUUGUUUGAGCCCAAACACAGAUAUAGUUUUAUAUCUUCCCGACGGUUUCGAGGUGGUUAAGUAAUACAUCAUUUUCAAGCUUUUCCAAGUGGCUUUCCAAUGGUCUAAUUCAAUAUCUGGGAUAACUUCUGAUUUUUUUGAUAUUGCAAAAUAAAUAUAACGAACUUAAAAAUUUCAUAAUUGGGUGUAGUUUUAUAUAUUCCCGACGAUUUCAAGGUGGUUGAAUAAUAUAUCGUUUUGAAGCUCUCCUAAGCGGCUCUGAUUGAAUCUCUGGAACAAUAUCAGAUUUUGCGAAAUAGUGAUUAAAUUGUUUUUUGGGAUGAUACAAGCUGAAAAGGUGUUAUUUUCUGUAUAGCAACAUUAUAUAUGGUUUUUGGGAAUUUUCUUACAAUAUUUUCGUGCUUACUUACCCAGGUAAGUAAAGAACUGGUCCAGUGUAAUAUUUGCAAAUCCGAAUACAUAGUCAAAUCUAACUAUAUAUAUAGUCACAGAUCAGUGGUUAUUUUCAUACGCUUGCCAUGAACGAUUCAUCAUUCAUAUUAACAAACCUUUUUUUGUGAAUUUUAUUAUUUCAGAAAAUGUUUGACGGCAAUUUGCUGCAAAUUUCAUGAAAUUAUAUUCACCAUGUUCGUAGCAAUUUCCUACGCUUACAGGAUAUUCAUUGUGUCUUGAAUUUUUCCGUUUCAGAUCUAAUGUUAGUGAUGAAACCAAAGUAUAGAUUAGAUAGGUGAAUAGGUACGACGAAAACUGUUUUGAUCUGGGUGAAUAUAAGCUGACUUGAAUCAAAUAUCGCUUUGUUUUACUAGGUAAAUUGUAACUUCGCGAAUAUAAAGUUUUUUAAUGAACUGAAACUUUCAUAUUCCCAAUUUUUAGAUCUACAUAUUAUAUAUCAUUGGAUGUUUGAAUGCGGGCGCAUUUUCGAACCACUUUCGAAGUCAUUUGCUUGUAAUCCAAAAUGCUUCAAUUAAAAACUCAGCACGAAAUACAUGGAAAAUGGACUUCAUCCAUAUUUAAUAUAUUCUUAGUAUGUCAUAGUAUUAAUUAUGUCUUAAUUUUGUUUAAGUUAUUUCUAUUAAGUUUUUAUGUUUAGUAUCUGAGACAUUGACUAUCAAAAAAGGAAAAGGGCGUUUUAUAGGUACACUGUCACCUAAAUUACUUGCAAUCAAAAAGUUGAUCGGUAACCAGUAGAGGGAGGGGUGGUAUCAUACUUUCGAACACACUAUAAUAUAGAAAAAAAGGUAGCAGCAAGGGGCAGAAUUCAGUGAUGUGACAAUGACAAUUUUUUCAGGCAAACCGUUUUCGAGAUAUAGCCCAAACAUGGUAUUUUUGGGUGCCAAAAAAAUUCGCAUUUUUUUCCUUUAAUACGAUGCACUUGUGACGUAAAAAUUAUAACCAUUUUUUAUUUGAUAAACUUAAUAAUAUAUACACUUAAGGAUACUAUUAAAUUAUUUCUACACAAAAGUACAAAAAUGACAUAAAUUAUAAAAAAUGAAAACUGAAAAAGUACAGUAAAUAUUCCGUAGUCUACUGUUGCUAUCGAAAAUCUUUAUAUACUAGGUGCAAUCAAAAGAGUAUAUUUUCGAAUAUUCGUUGGGUACUAUUAAACGUAAAAACAUACAAAAAAUAUUAAUUUUCAACUAUUAUAGAUGAUGCAAAUAGAUACUGACACGGACAUCACCAUUUUAUAUUGUUUUUUCAAUAAAUGGGCAAAAUUUAAUAAUAAAUUUGUUAGACUUUAAGGUUGAGUCCAUAUUUUUAUUUUUACUGCGAGCUGCGUCAAAAACAAAAACAAAAGCAUUUGGCCAGUACAAUUCUACGAAAAACUAUCUAUAUUAUUAGUUUUAAUAUAAUAUAAUAAUGUUGGAAACUUCCUACUUUGUCAGAUAUUUAUAAAAAUGUUAUAGCUAAAAAUAAUCUUCCCAGUUGGAAUAAAUUAACAUUUGAUAGUACCUAGUAUAAUAGAAACUUGUUUUGAAGAAAUUGUAAAAAAACAAAAAAGUGUUUUAUUUUUAAAUCUUUUUUUUACCCAAACGUAGCGAAAAAAAAAACAAAUUUUUAAGGUAAAGCGUAACGGUUAUGUUUUUUUAACACACACAAUUCCUACAGACACUUAUAUAAAAGCCAAUACUUACAGACGAUAUCGGUAAAAACUAAAAACGAACGCAUUGUACUUAGAUCAUCUAGAGUAGUUGAAGACGGACAUUUCUCGAUAUUUCUUCAAAAAAAUGUUCGUUUUGACUGCGUCUCGUAUAGAAAUAAAGUAAUUUCCUGACUGUAAAAUUCAUUACUAUUUAAAAUACACAAUAAAACGUCUUGUUAGAACGCAAAUACAAAAUCUCUCAUUUCAUUUCAUGUUCAUUCUAAAAUGUAUGUCUGAGCUACAGGAACUGUCUACAAAAGUUCCGCUCUCUGGUUAAUUGAAACACGAAACUGUUAAGAAUUCUUCAAGGAUAGGGUCAGAACCUCCACAAAAUCUGCUUUCUGGUUUGCGUGGAAUCGGAAAAUGAAAUGAUUCCCAGGGUUUGCCGUUAAAAUCAAGCAAGAUGCUGCCAAGUUUAUAAGUUGCAACACACUGAAUAUUACAAAGCGAGGAAUUCAUAUACCAAUAGCUCGUUAACAAUGUAUAAGGCUAGGUUAUUGAAUAUUUACUAUACUUUUCUAACACAAAAUCAUUUGCACUUAUGUCAAUUUGUUUAAUAUCUCAGAAAGCACACAUAUAAACUUAAUACAAAUCGGACUUUUCUUUUGAAAAUAACUAGAACUAUAACAUAGUCAUGUUUUUCCUGCGGGGCUUUUAGCAUUUAUAUUCGAUAAUCUUCUAAUACCAGACUUUACAGUUGUGAUUGUCGCUGUCAAUGUUUAUAAUACAGUUUGUAUAUUUUGUAACUGUUUAAGUGUUUCUCUCCUUUGGAUUCAACGAGAUAAUUAAAAUAAGUUUAAAUUAAUUGUAAACUGCCUAUAUGUCUUUUCUGAGAAUAAAAAAUACUAAAACCAACAGACGAGAAAAUAAUAGGCCCAUAAAAAUUUCGCUUUUAUUUAGCACUUAAGGAACACAAAAACGCUAAUCAAGUUUAAUUGUUAUAGAUAAUCGUAUUUUUGUAUUUGAUUGUGUGAUAUAAGUCAAUAUAAGACUGAACCGUGAGAUACAGUAUUUUUAAUCGAAACUUUCGUUUCAAAUCGAUAAUUUUUCGAAGUUGGAAGUGUGAGACGCUCAAAAUUACCUCGGCCCAUGACCUAAACUGUUGAAGCGCACUUAUAUCGGUUCAAUUUUGACGUGUGCCGAGAUAUUUUUGGUCUUCCGUUUGCACCUUCCGCGGUAUCCGAUAGUGAAAUUACGCUGUGGCUAAGAAAAUGUGAGUAGGUAGUUUGACGGGCAAAAGGGCUAUCGUAACGUAGUUGGACGCAUGGUAACCCUUUUGGAGUAUUGGUUUUCGCAUUAUUCGUGUGCGUUUUCAUUUUAGAAUCUUGUUUGUUGGAAAAGGCAUCUAUUAAAUAUUGUAAUUAUGGUAAAUGUAUUAUAAUCUUGUAAAUACACCGGUAUUAUAGUCUGUAAAAGAUUUAUAUAUAUGUAAAUGUAUAAAAAUA